UCCAUUCACAAAACAGCUGUUCGCAAUAUUUCGUGAAAAUUGUUUUACUGAUAAAACGGUGUUACGAUCGAAGCUUUAUUUAUAAAUUUGUAAAAGAUAAAUACCCAAGAAAUAUAAAAAUAUGAUGAGAAAGAAUCAAACAUUUGUACAACGCAAUUUGGUAACGAUUGUGAUGAUUCCCUCCCUUAUUGGUAUGCAUUACGCAUGGAGUGUAAUGCAAAAGAACCGCACAUUAGUUUCCGCCGAAGAAGAGAUCGAUCUGCCUGUUGUAACGUUUGCAAAAUAUUGCUGGAAGCGAGUGCAGGGUUUAACUGGAGGUGAGCAAAACGUUGAGGCCGCAACUCCCGCUGCAACAACGGCAGCAGUUAAAUAAAAUUAGCAUUCGUAAUACGGUAUUGAAUUUUGUAAAUAUCACGUUUUUGUUAUUUGAAAAAUGUAUAAACACGUAUUCGUUUUCCCGUUUAUGUUUGUAAUGUUUUAUUAGUUACAUAAUCAAGUGUGACGUGCGAAAUAAAAAUUUGCUGUCCAUAUCAA